AUUUUUAUACCUCUCUUAGACUUGGAUCUUUAUCAUGGUGGCCAAAUUGAAAACAAAAAAGUCAAUGACAACUGACUAUAUUGAAAACGUAGUGAAAAAACCUCAAGUAUUCUUCACUGCCAAUCCAAAACUAGCUGAACAAUCUAUAUCUUUGACAAAACAUUAUUUUGAUACUGCCAAAGAACACCAAGAACAAGAGUUUUCUCCAUUUACUGAAUUAUUAACAGAAGGUUUUGAUCAUGAUCAGAUCUGGGAAGAACUAGCUACACAAAACGAACCUUUCUUGAAUUAUUGCAAAUCAUCUUUGAAACAUUGGUCCAACCCUUCAGCUUGGAACUCGAUCACCUCGGAAGAUGAAUUGGAACAAGAUAAUGACGACGAUAUGGAACAAAGUAGUGGUGAAGAAUUAUCUCAAGCUGACAUGGAUCAAGACGAUGAUAUUUACUCUGGAGAAGAAGAUAUACAAGAAUUUUCGGAUAACAACAGCAAUAAUGAAGACGACGAUGAUAUCAAUGACGAUGAUAUCAAUGACGAAAUUCUCGGUAGUGAAUCUGAAAAUGAUGAUGAUACUAUGGAAGAUGAUAGUACAGCUGUUGAUACUGGGAAACGAUCAGAAGUAGAUGAUGAUUUCUUCAAUUUGGAUGAAUUCAACACAUGGACGGAAGAACAAGAAGCUUUGGAUAUGCAAUCUGAUCGUGAAGAAGAUGAUGAAGAAAUUGAUUUUGACAAUGAUUUGGAAGCUCUGGAUGAUUCAGACGAUGAAGAAAAUGAUGAUGACGAUGAACAUGCUCAAGAUAUCACAUUCAAGGACUUUUUCUUGCCACCUGCCAAACCAAAACGAUCCAGUGAACCCAGGAAACAAGUCAAAUUUGCCAGCGACAACGAAGAAGAAGAAGAAGAAGAAGAAGAAGAGGAAGAAGAAGAAGAUGAAACACCCAAAGUACGUGGACUUUUCGAUGAAGAUGAAGACGAACAACAAGAUCAAAUGACAGCUCAUGAACGUCAACAAGAACGACUUAAGAAACAAAUUGAACAAUUUGAACAAGAAAAUAUCGAAGGACGACAUUGGACUUUACAAGGUGAAGCUUCUAUCAAAUCACGACCAGUCAAUAGUUUAUUGGAAGAGGAUAUGGAAUUUGAUCAAUCUGUCAAGCCUGUGCCUGUGAUCACUCAAGAAACAACCAAUGUAUUAGAAGAUAUGAUUAAGAAACGGAUUAGCGAAGGUGAUUUCAAUGAUGUUGAACGAAAAGCUGAUCCUGCUGCAAGACCUUGGUUACCUUCUAAACGUGUGGAACUGGAAGAUACCCAAUCUAAAAAAUCACUGGCUGAACUUUAUGAAGAAGAAUAUGUCAAGAAAUCUACUGGUGAUCAAUCCAACGAAAAAGAUGAAGCUUUACAAAAGGAACAUGAUGAAAUCUCUGGCAUGUUCUCAUCAUUAUGUGAAAAACUGGAUGCUUUAAGUAACUUCCACUUUACUCCAAAGGCGGCCAAGGCAGAAUUGACGGUGGUCAGUAAUGCAGCAUCAAUCAGUAUGGAAGAAGUAACACCUGUGAAUGUAUCGGAAUCAACAUUAUUGGCACCUGAAGAAGUAUAUGAAAAACAACAACGUGAUGUGAAAGAUCAAAGUGAAAUGGAUCAAGAUGAACGCAAACGACUCCGUAAGCAAAAGAAGAUGGAAAAGCGCAAGGCCAAUGCUAUCAAGGAAAAGGAACGCGAAUUACUUGCCAAAUCAAAACCUGCUUCAGCUGGUGGUUAUGUGGAUAGAGAAAGCAAGACGAAGGCUGUCAAGGAUUUGAUUGGUCAAAAGAAUGUCACUGUGAUUGGCAAGGAUGGCAAGAAAAUGAAGCAAGACAAGUCAAUCACUUCGGCAUCUCUCUUCUAGUUACAUUGUAUAGUUUCUCGCACACAUUAUAUAUAAUAUAUUCAUAUACUCAUAUUUCAUUAUUCUCAUUAAACCCUUUCAUUUGUUCUUUUCCUUUUAGUCUACACUUCAUUCUCUUUUUUUUAUUUUUUUGUAUUAUUCAACAAUAGACGUUGGGAAUCUUUCUUUCAUGUAUUUGAAAUAAAACAAAAUAAAAUAAAAUAAAAAAAUUGGGAUACAC